ACUAGAGAGAGGCAGAGAGACUAUCUGACUGCCAGCCCGGCCUCUUUCCCUACCUCCCCCGGCAUCUGCUGAGCUAUGAGCCAAGCCAGGGAUUUCCAGGGAGGAAAAGCUUUUGGACUGCUGAAGGCCCAGCAGGAAGAAGGACUGGAUGAGAUCAAUAAGCAAUUCCUGGAAGAUCCCAAAUACAGCACUGAUGAGGAUCUGCCCUCCAAACUGGAAGCCUUCAAGCGGAAAUACAUGGAAUUCGACCUGAAUGGACAUGGAGAUAUUGAUAUCAUGUCCCUUAAGAGAAUGCUGGAGAAACUGGGGGUCCCCAAGACUCACCUAGAGCUAAAGAAAUUAAUCAGAGAGGUGUCCAGUGGCUCCGGGGAGACAUUCAGCUACUCUGACUUUCUGAGGAUGAUGUUGGGCAAGAGAUCCGCCAUCCUAAAAAUGAUCCUGAUGUAUGAGGAGAAAGCAAGAGAACAGGAAAAGCCAACUGGUCCCCCAACCAAGAAAGCCAUCUCUGAGUUGCCCUGAUCGUGUGGCAGGGGUUGAAGGGGCUUGGGAUGACCACACGAUGGGAAAAGGAGAGAGAAUUGUGAGCCAGAGUCAAAGUGCAUUAAAUACUGCUCCCACUCCA